UCCUAGCCUAUUUGCUCUCGCUUCCACAUUUGCGAUCAGUCGUUUCCUUCUAGCGGAGCUCUGUUGUGUUUCGCCACCCUCGGACGGGAGCGGACUGUAGUUGUUUUUGUUUCCCUAUUUACAUUCAUGGGCAAAAGCUAUUAAAAUAGGAUGACUUUCCACGUUUGUCUUUAUUACGAUAAAAAUGAAGAAACGUGGAAUAAAGCGCUCGGAUACUGAGUGGUAGAAGAAGCCAAGGACCGAAGGUUUGUGUCUCAGCGCAAUGCACUGUCAGUAUAAAAACAGGAAUUUAGUGAAAAACUUGUUUUAUAAGCUGCAGAAUUUACAUGGAAGUAAAAUUAUAGAUUGAAGUGUUUAAGUUGUAGUUUGUUUCAAUGUUAUCGUUGUUGAUGGUGAAAUAAUGCACAGAUCACAGAGGACUAGAACGAAAGGAAACCAUGAUUACAGUGGUAGGUUUUGGACCUAGAUGUUUUUAGCCUAUAAUAAACUAUUUGAUUACGUAUAAUUGCCUUCAAUGUGUGUUAAAGAGUUACCUAUAUUAUUACUUUCAUGAUAGUGGUAAUGCAAUAGGCUAAUACAGUCGUAUUGUGUUGUAAAAUAUAAUUGUGAUGUAACAUAUUAGUUAUUUCAUUUGGUGAUGAUUGCCUGCUGUUUUGAAGCAGGUUUUGACACGGGUCAGGAAAAAACUGUUUUCCUUUUUAAUAUCUAUUACUGACAGUUGGCCCUAGUGGAUUCAGUAUCAGUGAAUUAAAUCAGACUUUAUUACCUGGGCUUUCAAUUUAAUUGCUCUUCUCGGGCAAAGUCCAGGCUCUAGACUGCUUUAUUGUUUCUCUGAGCCGACAUUCAUAGGAAAUAAAGUCCAGCUGUCGUCGGGAAGAGUGUUUUUUGUCUUUUUCUUUUACACUCUGUUGCACAGUGGCCCCUGGACAAGUGGGAGAAGUGUGCACAGAGAGGAUUAUCAUAAGGUUUAAAGAUUUCCUAGUAGUCCUGCAUUAUAAAUGGAAGAAGUGAUGUUAGUGUUUUACAUAACUUCAGAACAGGACCCACAAUGUCAAUCCAAUCCACUGUCUGUUGUGUAUUUAGUCUGAGGUCUAGAAUCAGUUCACCCAAGGGCAAGUAAGUAGUUUAACCUGAAUCAUCAUAUUUUUCCCUAACAGCAACCUGUCUUUAAACCCAUCAAGUGUCUGAGGGAGCAGAGGUCAAAUGGCAAAGUGGCUCAAAGACUAUCUGAGUUUUGGGAGCAGGAGAAUGCCUCCUCAACCACCCAAACCAGACUACACAGAGAGUGAGAUACUGAAAGCCUAUCGGACUCAGAAGAACCUAGACUUUGAGGACCCAUAUGAGGACUCUGAGAACCGGGCCAGAAACGACUCUGGGUCCUCAGACUCUUCCCUUGCUGCCUUUGGUUCUCCUCUGAAGUCCACCAGCCUGGAUAUGAAGGUUGUAUCUCCCAAACACCGCCUCAUCAAGGUGGACUCACAGGAGCUGGGGCGAACUAAGAUUUUACUGAGUGCCGUCUCCUUAGAGGAACAAGAGCCUGUGAGUCAUUUUUCCUGUUCAACAUUAACAUUCAUUACCAUUACAAAGACCUCUCCGCUUAUUGAUUAAGCCCAUAAGCAAGUGACUGGUAAUGUGAGUCAGAAGUAUGCAAUGUUUCAAUACAUCACGCUAUGUUUGAAGUGGCCCAUAAAUUGGCUGGCCUAGAUGGCAAAUGGAAGGAAGUGUUAUUGAUGGGCUGGAUGGCUCAUUGAGUGGGCCGCCACAGUCCCCUGAGUUUAUGUCCAGCCAUAAAUAAUAAAUGGCGUUUGGUUUAGCAAGCUGAGAGAGACCCCCAUGUGAACACAUGGUGAAGGAAGCCAUGCAGGCGCUAGGCUAUUGGACGGUAUGCUGCCACACUUGUGUUGCCAUCAGGCCCACAGUCCCACCCUGGAUGAGUACAGUAUGUGUUGGCAGGAGAACACACAGGCACAGCUGCAAGGGUCAGUGAUGCUCAGGAUUUCAUAGAGAUAUAGAAAGAGAGAGAGGGAGAGAGAGUUUGCCUAUGUAGAAAGGCAGCGAAUGCACAUUAAUUCAGUUAACAAAUCAGCUCACACCUCAUGACUAAGUUAAUGAUGUAUCAUUUGAAACUCCAUAAGUGCACAGCUCCUAACAGUACAUUGAAGAUCUGAGGGAAAGUAGAGUCGAUACAGACUCUCUGCAUGCGUGCUCUGGCUGCCCUCAUUAAUGUCUCAGUGUAGAAUUCUGGUGUGUGAGAACAUCUAUACCCUCAUUAACAUUGCAGAUUCAUUCCUGGUCGUUUGAUAACCUGUUACUGAAUCAACAAGGGAAUGUCUAUAAUUUGUGUCUGUGCGUCUCUAACGGGUUUGUUGCGUGACUUGGUUGUCUGAUUGUGUGUGUGUGACCAUAUGGCUGCCUUGUAGUUGUCAGUGUGCCAGCUGACUACUAUUCCUUCCUGUGUGUAGCAUGUAUGGGCUAUUCCACACCAGGACAGCCUGAAUGUUUUUGUUGGUAUCUCAGAUUGUUCUGGCAAUUUUCACAUAGAAACUUCAAUGGGAGGAACACAGAUCAUAGGGUCUUACAGGAGGUAUGUAUACAGUGGGGGGAAAAAAGUAUUUAGUCAGCCACCAAUUGUGCAAGUUCUCCCACUUAAAAAGAUGAGAGGCCUGUAAUUUUCAUCAUAGGUACACGUCAACUAUGACAGACAAAAUGAGAAAAAAAUCCAGAAAAUCACAUUGUAGGAUUUUUAAUACUAAUGAAUUUAUUUGCAAAUUAUGGUGGAAAAAAAGUAUUUGGUCAAUAACAAAAGUUUCUCAAUACUUUGUUAUAUACCCUUUGUUGGCAAUGACACAGGUCAAACGUUUUCUGUAAGUCUUCACAAGGUUUUCACACACUGUUGCUGGUAUUUUGGCCCAUUCCUCCAUGCAGAUCUCCUCUAGAGCAGUGAUGUUUUGGGGCUGUCGCUGGGCAACACAGACUUUCAACUCCCUCCAAAGAUUUUCUAUGGGAUUGAGAUCUGGAGACUGGCUAGGCCACUCCAGGACCCUGAAAUGCUUCUUACGAAGCCACUCCUUCGUUGCCCGGGCGGUGUGUUUGGGAUCAUUGUCAUGCUGAAAGACCCAGCCACGUUUCAUCUUCAAUGCCCUUGCUGAUGGAAGGAGGUUUUCACUCAAAAUCUCACGAUACAUGGCCCCAUUCAUUCUUUCCUUUACACGGAUCAGUCGUCCUGGUCCCUUUGCAGAAAAACAGCCCCAAAGCAUGAUGUUUCCACCCCCAUGCUUCACAGUAGGUAUGGUGUUCUUUGGAUGCAACUCAGCAUUCUUUGUCCUCCAAACACGACGAGUUGAGUUUUUACCAAAAAGUUAUAUUUUGGUUUCAUCUGACCAUAUGACAUUCUCCCAAUCCUCUUCUGGAUCAUCCAAAUGCACUCUAGCAAACUUCAGACGGGCCUGGACAUGUACUGGCUUAAGCAGGGGGACACGUCUUUCACUGCAGGAUUUGAGUCCCUGGCGGCGUAGUGUGUUUCUGAUGGUAGGCUUUGUUACUUUGGUCCCAACUCUCUGCAGGUCAUUCACUAGGUCCCCCUGUGUGGUUCUGGGAUUUUCGCUCACCGUUCUUGUGAUCAUUUUGACCCCACGGGGUGAGAUCUAGCGUGGAGCCCCAGAUCGAGGGAGAUUAUCAGUGGUCUUGUAUGUCUUCCAUUUCCUAAUAAUUGCUCCCACAGUUGAUUUCUUCAAACCAAGCUGCUUACCUAUUGCAGAUUCAGUCUUCCCAGCCUGUUGCAGGUCUACAAUUUUGUUUCUGGUGUCCUUUGACAGCUCUUUGGUCUUGGCCAUAGUGGAGUUUGGAGUGUGACUGUUUGAGGUUGUGGACAGGUGUCUUUUAUACUUAUAACAAGUUCAAACAGGUGCCAUUAAUACAGGUAACGAGUGGAGGACAGAGGAGCCUCUUAAAGAAGAAGUUACAGGUCUGUGAGAGCCAGAAAUCUUGCUUGUUUGUAGGUGACCAAAUACUUAUUUUCCACCAUAAUUUGCAAAUAAAUUCAUAAAAAAUCCUACAAUGUAAUUUUCUGGAUUUUUUCUUCUCAAUUUGUCUGUCAUAGUUGACGUGUACCUAUGAUGAAAAUUACAGGCCUCUCUCAUCUUUUUAAGUGGGAGAACUUGCACAAUUGGUGGCUGACUAAAUACCUUUUUCCCCCACUGUAGAUCUAAAAGGGUCUAAAAUAGACACUUCUAUCAUGUUGUUUGCAAAAAUGGUUUGUGACACUUAUGUAAAAAGCAUGUCAAACAUAAUUCCUACCAAUGACGUCAUAGUGAGAAUUGCCAGAACAAUCUGAGAUACCCAAAAUAUUUUCGGGCUGUCCUGGCGUGGAAUCGCCCUAUGGAGGAACAAAUGCUCUCCUCAAAUAAACCCCCUCUGUAUUCUCUGUCACACAAACUAACAAUUCUAUCUUUUUCGGACAUUCUCAUUUUGUGUUGAUUUCAGAUGUCAACUAAUUCAUUUCAUUGAAAAAUUUGAAGUCUAUUUUUGGACGAUGAAAAUAUUUUUUUGGGAUUCUGGUGUCAGUGGUCUGUAGUUGAGACUGCCAUGUGUAUGAAUGGUGUAGUGCACCGUGUCUUUAUGUGUGUGUCUCUGUAUCCCAGGUAGUUCCAUCAGCCCCAGCAGUAGGGGACACAGAUUACUCUGAUCCAUUUGAUGCUCACCCAAACCCCUGGCCAGAGCCUGAUCUGGGACCAGUUCCCUGUGAGAACAACGGCUACAUGGAGCCUUAUGAGGCCCAACGUGUCAUCACAGGUGAGUCUCAGGGUUUUGGAUGUACCAAGUAUUUAUGUAAUUUUUAGGACAUUGUUAAAACAUACUACAGACCACAGGACAGGUAGGCUGAUAACGGGUAGGUCACACAUAAUGAAAAAGUAUAUUUUCUGUACUUGCAUUCCUAUUGUACGUCCCUAGCUCGUUACCAGAUCUGUUUGUGCUUUAGCCAACUCCUCUGACUUUGGUUGUCAUGCCUUAGAUAGAAAAGUUGGCUAGAGCCUAGAGUACAAAUAGAUCUGCUGACUAGGCUACAUCCCCUUCCAGCAGAAACAGUUUUCCCCCUCUCAGACAGUUCUUUUAGUCUGGCUCACUCAACUCACACACAGCCUUUCACCACCCCUUACGAAUGUCUCUAUCCUACUACGCCCUUUCGCUCUCGCUCUUCUUCCAUCCUUUGGUUCAGAUCUAUCGUUUCUCAUUUGGCUUUCCUGUAGUAACAUCUCUUAUUCCACGACCACUGUCUGUCAGGCUUGUGUAGUGAAGCGUCUCUCCCAUCUGAGUGGUGGUUUCUCUCCUAGCUGCCCUCGGGGGAGUCUGGGAAGCUUUUUAGUCCGUCUGAGAGUCAGUGAGUGUGUGUUUGACUGUUGUCUUUGCUGGCUUCAUUCAGGUCAUAAGUAGUUUAUAGUCACAGGGUUAGGACAAAAGGGCUCCUAGUCUUUCAACUUGUUAGAUACACAAUGGAGCCUGAGCCAGUCAACCCAGGACUGCGUUGGUGUGGUGUGUCUGUGGGCGCUCAUUAAAAAACAUGGUGGAACAGAGAAAACCAGGUGUCUGAGACUGAAUAUCUCUCUGAUUCUCAAAUAGAAUCGCUAUUAUCCCUCCCAGAAACUGAUUAUUACUGACCUUAGCCGUAACACCCGUACCCUUAUACGGAUUGAAGAUGGCAGAUUUGGGCAUUGAUAAAUGGCUAAAUUGGAACGUAAUGGCUAUACAGUAACAUGAAUUCAGAGCUCUGGCUCUGCGCUUCACAUCACUGAAUUGGUUUUGAUUGACAGCCGGUCUGAACUUGAGCACCUCGCGCGACAAGAAGUUACCCCCAUCCCUCAUGCUAAUUGGGCAACUUUUGCACGUUUUUUGUUUUCUGAGUGAGGGAAAUGCUGGUAAGUAUCCUGAGUAAUUUCACAUUUCAUUAUAAACAAAUAAGGCGAAAAGUACAGUAAAUGUAAAAUGCACAAAACAUUGUAAUGUUUGGAUUCAGUCUUGUGUCAGGUGAACUGUUGCUACCAUGGCCAUGUAUAUGCUUUUCAUAUUUCUUCUGUAAGAAAUAUUUCAAUUUAGCCCUAUCCAUAUAGGCCAAUUUUCACGAGUGUAAAGAGUUAAAUUACACAAUAAAUAUUGUAUUGUGUGUUUUUGGCAGAUGUCAUCCCAAUGUGUCUUUGAUCUGGUUCUGUCACGUUUUUAAAAGUUUAUUUGGGGAGAAUAAAGGCAGAACUCAGUUUCAAUUCUCUAUCACCCUCUGGUCUGCCAUCUGCAUAACGUAAUAGAUUCCUCAUUCCCUGCAAGCUCCCCCCCGCCCCCCGCCCCACCAUCAUCAUGUUCCCAUCCAUUUCUAAUUUCCAACCCUGCCUGUUUUUAUCUCCCUCCCCUAAUCUCCCCCAUCUCCUCUUGGCGCCCUGACACUCCAGGCUCCCUGCACAGGUACAGCAGUAUUCCACGACACUGAGCCUUCCUCUGUCACAGUGAUUUAACAUCAAACCAACCCAGCCCUCCUUUCCUCACCUCCUCCUCCCACCUCAGGGUCUGUCCCCAGGGCCGCCUCUGUCGCCAUGGAGACUGCAGGGGCACCCAAUAGCAGUGUGUCCUCUGAAGGUUAAAGUUUGCCAGUUCUGUGUUUCACCAACCAACCCUGCCAUUUAGCUCCAGCACUCUUUCCCUCUCACAUAACUGCACCUCCAUAGCCAGGCUUGUGGUGGAGACAAAAGAUCCUUCCACUUUCCUUACACCCAAUAUGUGAUAUGCCUGGUUUUUGAAGUGUUGAGCUUCUCAGCCCACAUCAAUGAGACAGCCCCUGAUUGCUGGGGCUUAUCGAUACGCCUGUUGUUUCAGAAGUCUGUCUUCAGACGUUUGGUUAUUUCAAUAAUCUAUGACUUCGUAGCUCAAGGUCACACGUAACUCUCUGAAGGUUGAUUUUUAUAGAACAUGCUACAUGCUGAGAAAUCUGAUGAAAAUGCUAAUGAUGGUGGCUGUUGUGAGAUGCAGGAACUAUAUUGCUGCUGUGACUGUGAAGAGAAGGGUCUGCUGUUUCUUCUGCUCCACAGCUCCGGGUCUAGUUAAGCCUCCAGCAAGAAUCAUACAACUACAUAUAAAAUAGUUGCACGCUCUUUUCAUUUUAAAUAAGUCAAAUGUUUGUGUUCUCUCUACCAGAGUUGCAGCGUGGUCCCGGGGCAGGCCGGGUGCGGGGCGAGGUGCAGCUCUACGACACCCCCUAUGAGGAUGAGCGGGGGCGGCCGCUGGGGGUGGGGCUGGGGUACAGAGACCUCCUAGAGGAGGGCAGGGAGAGCCGGCUGCCGCAGGGUGACGAGCGGCCAGCAGAUGAAUACGACCAGCCCUGGGAGUGGAAGAAAGACAACAUCUCUAAAGCCUUCGCAGGUACUGACUCACUUCAGUUUCAUCCUCAGCAACCUGACUACCCAUCUCAUACUGUUACUAUUACACUCACAACCACACUUUUACACUCAAUUACCAAUAUUUCACUUUUUUUUCUCACCCUACUACACACCUUGAAUGACCACUCUCACACUCUCAGUCCAUUGCACACACACUUUGAAUGAUCCCACUCAUGACUUCUUGCCUAUUGAACACGAGGCUGGACGAUAUAAGUGGGACUAUGUGUUGUGUGUCAAAGAUUUUUUAUUUAAAUAUAUUUUCAAGUUUUAUUGACAGAUACAGGUUAGACAUGUAGAGGGGGAGACGGACGAGAGGGAUAAAGCUAAGAAAGUGAGUGGUGGAACGGGGGAUUGAACCGCUGCCCUCCACUACCACUAUACUAUCCCCCGGCACACAAUGAAUUGUCUAACUGUGUCAGACACACCUACAUCUGUGUUUUUAUAUUGUGAGGCCCUGUCUCUGUAUCUGGUGUGUAUGAGAGUGACAGACUGGCGGUGGGCAGUAGAUCACUGUACGAUACGGCAGGGCAGGGCAAGCCUAAUUAAAUGAGCUGCAUCUCAGUGUCAGGAGGUCAAGGUGACAGGAGACUAAAUCAACAUGCUCGCUUUCACUCCCCUCUUUUUCAUGCUCUCGCUCCCCUCCUCCUCCCCCUCUCUUCUCAGUUAAUUACAUGCUCGCGUUUGCAUGACUGAUCCAGUGCUAAUAAGCCGGUGGUCAGCAGAACUGCUACAGCAGCACACGACACACACACACACAGAUACACACAUACACACACAGAACAUGUUCAAAUCACAUUAGCUCCCAGGCAAAGAAAUACAGUAAUUCUAGCGUUGACGGAGAGGAUUAUGUCGGUCGGUGAGUGACCCUCUCAGAAGAUUUUAAGGGCUAAAACCCAGAUCUCUCUGCCAAAUGUGCACUCUUGGACAGGAUCUAUUACAGCACCAAUUAGAAAAGGUAGCAGAUGGAGGAAAAACCUCCACUUUGGAUUUUCUGGCACCUGUUUUUCUACCUACGUUUGGGGUGAAAAACAGAAACACUACAGUAUUUCCAUUCUCACAUUUAAUCCAUAUUCCCAGUCAGAUCACAGGCGUUGCUAGGCAAGGUUGGUAUGGCAGCACUGAGGGGCAGUUGGAGGGGAGGGGGGGGGGGGAGAAAGGGACCAAGGUUAUGGCAGAUUUUAUGUGAGCUCAGUGGAUGUUUGUGGAACCCCUGCAAAUCCAAGGGGGGCCAUUGUGGCAGGGUGCAAUCAGUCACCCGCUGACAACCUCUCCUUCAUCGCUGUCCUCUCUCCCUACUGAGGUGACACACACAGGCAGCCUGAUAACCCACAGCAGGGGGUGUGUGUGUGGGGGGGGGGGGGGGGGGGGGGGGGGGGCAUCACAAUCUGCCAACAACGCCUCAGCUCUCACCUCCCCACACACAAACACGAACACACACACUGCUGUCAGUAGGCCUGAAUAUCACCAGUCACCUCAGUCAGGGGUGAGAACAGGAUGCUCAUUAAUAAAUAAAUAAAUAUUUAGAGAGGGCUUUUUGCAUAGUUGCAUAUUAUUGCAUGCACAAUUAUGAUACUCAGGAAGUUGAAUGCUGUGCAUAUCCUCUUGCCAGGGGGACUUACAGUAUUCACUGUGGAGUCCAGUCCAGCUCAGGCGGUUGAGAUGAGUGUCCGGGUGUGAGUUGGUAGUCAAUUAUGUUACACAGUAGUGAGAGAGAGCCUGCUGUUGACAGUCCAGUAGGUUUUAAUUAGUACACUGCAAAGUUGUCACUAGCACCUAGCUACCCCAUCAUCUAGCCAUAAUGAAUUCCUGGGAGUCAUCGAACAUUCAACAGUGAGGGAGGGAUAGAUAGCCCUGCAGCCAUGCAACCCCAAUUAGUGAGCUAAUGAAAUGGACAGGCUCAUUACUCCACACAAAAUGCCCUGUCUAAUGAGUAAAUGAGUGGUGUUAGGUUCACAGUGUCUUUGAUUUUAUGUGCUGUUUGUAUCUGAUCUCUAUCUGGUCUCCCUCCACAAGUAAGAGGCCUUAAAGCUAGACUCAGCGAAGUGACGUUGCCACGAGCAGCACCGCAGAUAUUGAGAUGAGGGAGAUGCAAGACUUCGCUCUCACACAGUCACACACAGUAUCUGCGCAUGUGCACGGGUUCGCUUCACGCUCUUCACAGCGUGGUAGCCAGGGCACCAAAACAGCAGAGAAGUUGAGCCUCGCGCUUUAAUGCGCUUAGUUGUUGCGGAAAUUGAUCCACUAUGCUGUUUAAUUUCUGCAUCAACGUCACACAAUCUUUUGCAGAUAUGGAAUAUUAGAUUGGUUUAUACUAGACGGAGUGUCUGGAAAGUCUGCAAAGACACCUGUGUGUGUUUCCUUGACUGUGUGUGUGUGUGUGUGUGUGUGUGUGUGUGUGUGUGUGUGUGUGUGAAGCUGCAGUAAUGAGAUUUCCGUCACUGUGGCCGGUGUGUCCCUGGUCUGUAAGCUCACUCUAAGCAGGCCCUGGGGGUCCCGACGGGCUUCUCGUGAAGAUGCUCUCCCAUCCAUCCCUGUCUCUCUCUCUCCCUCCUUUACUCCCUCCAUGUGAAGCGUUACUGACGAUAAUGAAAAGACAUGUCCUCCGCGAUCCCGGCUCGCUCCCUCAAGUGAGCUGGAUGGGAGGCAGAGCGAGACGGAAAGAAGGGAGGGGAGGAGAGAAGCAGUGAAUGGAGAGAUAAUGCCCCACUUAAAGGGGGAGAAUGACUGGGGGAGAGAGGGAGGUGGAGAGAGUGGUGUGCAGGAAGGCGCCAGAAUAUACAAUCCCUAGAAAAAUGGAGGCAGAGCGGACAAAGAGGAAAUGGAGGAAUAGAAAGUCAUUGGGUUGACCUGAAAUACAACAUGACUCACAAAGCAGCACAUAUAUUUGCAGUUCUGUCCAUGAAUUCCAAGUGCCAUAUUCAUCUUGUAUAUGCCUCAGUGUGAAUUCAUGGCUUGUGAAACCAUGCAUGUUUCACACUCGUGCAGGGUGUUAAUUGUCUGUCAUUAGUAGAGAGCAGUUGUGCCCAGCAGAAGGCCUUUUGUGGGCAGAGAGAACAUGGGGAGCUGGGCUUGUGACAAAGCUGAUGUCUUCAUAAUUGUGUUUAAUGAAGAGAUACGGCAGGAUUUAUCUAAUGCUUCUGUCGCUUGAUUCCAGGAUAUUUAUUUUUGAUUAUGCUAAAUAAAAAGGGGUUUUAUAUUUACUCAGAUUAUGAGUUUUUUAGGUUGUAGUGCCAUUUUCUUCCAGACUGAAAGAGUAAAAUGGAUUUAAUAUUUGUGUUUUGUUAAGAUACUGAAAUGCCUUUUUCAUGUUUCAAUCCACUCAAAUUGUUGGCAUGUGGAAUGAGCACAAUGAUUGUGAUUCAGCCAAGCCAUUAAUUAGUGAAUUGUUUUCACCUGUUGCCAACCACACCAAUGGACCCACUUCAGUGUGAGGUUCUCUGGCUGCAUUCACACAGGCAGCCCAAUUCUAAUAUUUUUCCCCUUAAUUGGUCUUUUGACCAAUCACAGCAGAUCUUUUUCUGAGAUUAUCUGAUUGGUCAAAAGACUAAUUAGUGGGUCUAAAUGCAGCCUCUUUAGUGUAUGCUAAGACGUCUGUUCAGGUUUUUGUACUAUAAUCCUGAAUAUUCUAUUGUCCUGAAAUCUCAAUCAGCCUGCUAGUCCUCUCUCAGAACAUUAUGUUGUCACAAUGUCUUAUAAAUCACAAGAAAGACCUUUGAGCAAAUGGCCUCCCCAACCUGUGUGACAGUGCCACAGGUUCCCAUUAGUAGUAAAUGGAGCCCAGAUGUGCCCUCUGUUUGAGUGACAGAUCUCUCUCUCUGUGUGUGUGUGUGCAUGCACCAGGCCAACGGAGGGUCACGUCCUGCCCUUUGUCACGGUGAUGAGUGCUGACAUCCAUAGGAGGAGGUAAAGGUGAUGUCAUGAGGGAGUUACAAAGGGUUCAUUCAGGGUUGAUGUUACACUGCAGACAGGUCACACUGGAACACAGAUGGACCAAACAGCCUCCCCAGAAAUUCAAACAUUUAAACUGGGCACUUGUGUGCUACAAAUAGCAGCAACUGUGGAAUCACAAAAUAUGAAGAGAAUGCACACACGCACUCAUACUAGUGCAACUGGUUUGUAAGCACAUGGUGGUAUUCUACUGUACUGCACUGUAUGUCCUUUGUGUUGAAAGCUGUCUGGAACUCCCCCCAAACACAGCAGGAAUUAUGUUGGAAUUUUCCCAUUAACUGUGACACACAAAGCUUAACCCUGUCCUCUUAAAAAAAAAAAAGAAAAAAAAGAAAUGGCCACAAUCUCUAAAGUGCGAUUCUCUUCACCGAGUUCAUUCCCUUCGUCCUUUCAUUCUAACCCUCCCUCAUUUUAGUUCGCUCUGAGCCUGUGUGUCUUUACCCCAUGCUCUCCCCUCGGUCCUGUUCUCUCUCUGGAGCGAGAGAGAGGUGGGGAUGGGAGGCAGCCAGGAGUGUGGUUGGGGAGGGCAGGGACUGGAGGGGGGGAGCGGAGGUCACACUUUAAUCAUGGCUUCUGCAGGGCUGGGGGGGCUCUCCAGAUGGGUCCAUUGUACUGCACCAUGCAUCAAUAAUUCACAGAGAGCCAGAGAAAGUGGCGGAGUGUGUCUGCCUGCUCAAUAAUUAAGCAGAGGGAGGGAGGGAGCGAGGGAUGAGAGAGAGGGAUGUAUGUACAGCAGCACUGGGGUCUCUCUCCUAAUGUCCCGUUCAGCUGCCCUUUGAUGUCACACACCCAGGGGGUCUUUGGUUUUGUCAGAUCAUUAAGAUGUCAGUCCCCUUUCCCCUUCAUUUGUUUUGUAAUCCUGUUUCACUGUGUGUGUGGUGUGUAGCACAGGCGUGGCGGAUUCUUGUGUGUGUUUGUGAGUUUGUGUGUGUGUGUGUGUUUCUGCCAUUGAGGCUGCAGUAAUGUGUUGCGUGGUUAUUUGCCACGGUUUGUAAUUGUGCUAAUUUGGUCAGCUCCUGGCUCACUGUGUGCCCUGUCCUCAGUGUCCCUGACAUACAGUCCAGCUCAUUGUCAACCGGACACGCCGCAUCUGCUAUGCUCUCUUCAAUUCUCUUCACUCUUUCUCCUGUCAGAAUUCUUACACCUCUCAUCCAUAUUCAAAAUGACACUCUAGUGUCAUUUUUUAAAAAUACUUAUUUUCACCAAGACAUUCACAUUCUCUAUAUUAUCUUCCUCUCACUCCUCCAUAUCUUUUUCUCCUCUCCUCUCCUCUCCUCUCCUCUCCUCUCCUCUCCUCUCCUCUCCUCUCCUCUCCUCUCCUCUCCUCUCCUCUCCUCUCCUCUCCUCUCCUCUCCUCUCCUCUCCUCUCCUCUCCUCUCCGCCUGGCUCCCUGUAGAGAUGUCAGAGCUGGCUGAGCUGCCCUGGCCCCCUCCAGUGGGGAAGCAGCUGGAGGAGGAGCUCCCAACCCCCCUCAGAGAGCAAGGUGACCUCUCAACCUCUCACCCAGGACAACAAGACCUCCCCCAACCCCCUCCCUGACCCCCUACGACCCCCCCCAGCCUGAACCCCCAGUGUCCUGCAUCUGCCCUGCCUGCUUUCUGUAUGAUGUUAACAUACAGAAAUGACUAAAUGACUAAAAUGUAAAAAUGUAACACCCAUCACUGGGUCAAGUAACCUAACAACCAACACUAGGUUUGGCAACACAUAGGCUAAUGUAGAUACUGGUGGUAGCACACAGUAAUGGGUCUCAUAAAGCAUUUGGGUCAUGAUGAGCUUUCGCCAGUCGCCACACAUGGCACUCUCUCUCUCCCGCUACACAGCACUACAGCCCCUCAAGGCCCGUUCCCCGCCACUACCCAUAAGCUCCCUGUGCUAUGUGGCCGUCUCAUGCCUUGUUGCAUUAGGUCACCCUGGAGCAUCUCCCAGUCCCAGCCAGCCACUGGAUGAUGAUGAUGAGGUUGCAUCCAGUCAGAUCUGUACUACCAGCUCUCCUCUCCUUUGUGGACCCCUUCAGCAGAAACACUGUCUGUCCUCUAUCCUAUGGCAUGCCGAACCCUUUGCCCUCUGCACCAACAACCGUAUCUCAACUCUUUUACCAGGCCUGACUUGACUAUUCUACAUUUAAUGAUGCACUCACUCUUUCUUCCCCUCCCCUCCCCCUCUCUUUCUCCUCCCCCUCUGUCUCUCUGUACAGUGCAGUUUGAUGGUGCCGAGUGGGACCGGUCCUCGUCCCCCACGGAGCGCCUGUGUCCUCCCAGGUCCAGUCCCCUAGCAGGAGGGGUUGUGAAGUUCCGGAUGCCCUGCUCUGACCCCCACAACAUGAUGGGGGAGAGAGUAGACCCCACCCUUCCCCUGGAGAAACAAGUGUACGUACUGUACUCUUCUUUUGUAAUGACAUUUUAUUGUGUGCUUUGCUAUCUCUUGUUUGGGUUGGGUUUUAUUGCUCUGUCUACACAGUCAAACUGAACGCAUGACAGUAGAAUGUAAAAUAUGGUUGUUUUGUUUUAUACAUGUAUAUCAUUAGAAUAAAGUAUGUUUCUCCAUAUAUGAAUGAACAAGUCUACUAAUCAAUCACAUAUGUGUACACAAUGUCAUAGACAUGAAGUGAGCACAGUGUGAGUGGGUAGUCCAUUACUCUUCCUGGUGGUCUCUUAAGGGUUGUUAUAGGAUCCACUGGAGAGCCCUACUCAUCUCUGGGUUUGUGUGGUCUGGUCUCAGUCCGACCCCCUGUGCCAUCUGCCACAGUUAGUAAAUCGUGACGAAAGGAGAUAAUGCUUGUUUUAAAGUGUGAAGGAACAGAUUCUUAUAACACAUUUGAUGACACAGCAACACAUUCCAGCAAAGGUGACAAUAAUAUAUUUGCACGUCACUUUAUUAACACCUGUGUAGCGUGCAUCAUGAAAAGAAAAUCCCUUAAUUUGCCCUUCUCUUCCAUUAAUAUUUCACAAUGCACUGAGCUGCUGGUCUCCUUCCAUCUCUCCAUUAAUGUCCCUGUGGUGUGUGUCUGUCAGGUGGUACCAUGGGGCACUGUCGCGGUCAGAGGCAGAGUCUCUUCUGACCCUGUGUAAGGAGUGUAGCUACCUGGUGAGGAACAGCCAGACCGGCCGCAACGACUACUCCCUCUCACUACGGUAUGAAGCUCAACAUAAUCACACCAACGACUACUCCCUCUCACUACGGUAUGAAGCUCAACAUAAUCACACCAACGACUACUCCCUCUCACUACGGUAUGAAGCUCAACAUAAUCACACCAACGACUACUCCCUCUCACUACGGUAUGAAGCUCAACAUAAUCACAUCAACGACUACUCCCUCUCACUACGGUAUGAAGCUCAACAUAAUCACACCAACGACUACUCCCUCUCACUACGGUAUGAAGCUCAACAUAAUCACACCAAUGACUACUCCCUCUCACUACGGUAUGAAGCUCAACAUAAUCACACCAAUGACUACUCCCUCUCACUACGGUAUGAAGCUCAACAUAAUCACACCAAUGACUACUCCCUCUCACUACAGUAUGAAGCUCAACAUAAUCACACCAACGACUACUCCCUCUCACUGCGGUAUGAAGCUCAACAUAAUCACACCAUUGACAUUUACAUUUCAACGGCAAUAUCAAAUCAUUGCUAAUGCACUUAAAUACAGAUUGAUAUGAGUCAAAUGGUGCAACAAGUACAGUAGGUUAGAAUAUUUAUUGAAUCAUCCUCAGAUCAACUACUGUAUGAAUCUGUUGAAUGUUUUUCUGCUGUGUGUUCGGGAUACUUGCUGCCACCUCCACUGAUCUUUUAUCUCACUGUAUGUAGGCCUCAAUCUGUCUCUCCUCCUUCCCCUUCCCCUGUGUCUUCCCCUCCCUCACCCCCGCCGAAGAUCGUUGACACACUAAUUUUCCUCUCAAUACUCCUUCAAGCUGCGUACUGCUUAUCUGGUCAAAUCUCUUCUCUCUAAUUACUAGCUUGAUCCAUAACCUUUUCUCCAUCGCUCUCCCCCUUUCCUCCCUCCCUUCCUCUGUCCCUCCCCCCGGUCCUUCUUCUUCUCUCUCUCUCUGAGGGGUAAUCAGGCAGGUAGAGCACACUCCAGCUCUCACAUCAGCCACUCUCCAAUCAGUAAUGAAUAUGAAUCACCUUCUGUGGGCCACACACAGGCACACUCUUUCACACACACACACUCAGUUGUUAACAGCAGACACAGACAGGCUGACAUUGUGUGAAGCGACAACUACAGUAUGUGGCCCUCGUCUCACAAUAGGAGGUACCAGGGGUCUAAGAGAAUAAGUGUUUUGAUCUUUACAAAGAGCCUACCAGUCUGUCUCUGAAUGGUUGUGCGGGAGACAUUGAGGUAGUUGAAGGGAGAUGGAAUCAAAGCGACUGCAGAUAACCAGUAGAGCAGGCUUCCACAACUGGCGGCCCGCAGACCGAAUUUGGCCCGCGGGUGGUUUUUAUUUGCCCCCCCAAGUUUUCUGAACAAUUUUUUGGUAUUUUCAUUGUUGGACAUAAAAGACGGUAAAAACAACAGGAAAUCAGCUUCAAGUUAUUUUAAUUUUGGGAAUCUGUUCCCAAGUAUUCGCACGCAUUAUAGAGAGACACGUAAUCGUAUACAAAUGUAAGCAAGGUUUGAAAUUAUUAUGUUUUAGUCAAAUAUACAGUACCAGUCAAAAGUUUGGACUUUUUACUAUUUUCUACAUUGUAGAAUAAUAGUGAAGACAUCAAAACAAUGAAAUAACACAUAUGGAAUCAUGUAGUAACCAAAAAAGUGUUAAACAAAUCAAAAAAUAUUUUAUAUUUUAGAUUCUUCAAAGUAGCCACCCUUUCCCUUGAUGACAGCUUUGCACACUCUUGGCAUUCUCUCAAUCAGCUUAACCUGGAAUGCUUUUCAACAGUCUUGAAGGAGUUCCCACAAAUGCUGAGCACUUGUUGGCUGCUUUUCCUUCACUCUGCGGUCCAAACCAUCUCAGUUGAGGUCGGGUGAUCGUGGAGGCCAUGUCAUCUGAUGCAGCACUCCAUCACUCUCCUUCUUGGUCAAAUAGCCCUUACACAGCCUGGAGGUGUGUUGGGUCAUUGUCCUGUUGAAAAACAAAUGAUAGUCCCACUAAGCGCAAACCAGAUGGGAUGGCGUAUCACUGCAGAAUGCUGUGGUAGCCAUGCUGGUUAAGUAUGCCUUGAAUUCUAAAGUUGAGAGAAUGCCAAGAGUGUGCAAGCUGUCACCAAGGGAAAGAGUGGCUACUUUGAAGAAUCUCAAAUAUAAAGUAUAUUUUGAUUUGUUUAACACUUUUUUGGUUACUACAUGAUUCCAUAUGUGUUAUUUCAUAGUGAUGUCUUCACUAUUAUUCUACAAUGUAAAAAAUAGUAAAAAUAAAGAAAAACCCUGGAAUGAGUAGGUGUGUCCAAACUUUUGACUGGUACUGUAUAUAUUUGGGCUUCUUGCGGUCAAUUUGCAGCCUACAAAUUAUUUAUAAUUAUGUUCCGGCCCCCCGACCAUCCGCUCAAGAAAAAAUCGGCACAUGGCUGAAUCUAGUUGAUGAUCCCUGGACCAGAGAGUACUGCGGCUUGGAAACAGACUGACAGACAGCCCAGCAUCACACCAAUAUGAAUAUGGAUGAGACCGAUACACAGACAAACCAUGUCUCUUCAAGAAAGAUUUUACUCUGACAGCUUGUCAGGGACCUGUGGUUGUUUCAUACAAAACAUACCUUUCAUUCCUGAUGGUUGAUGCGCACUAAAGUACACAGUCAAAAUAGCGCUAGCAAUUUAGCAAUGCUGAUUCUGUUUGUUGUUAUUGUGUUGUUGUGUAGAACAACAGAUUUCCCUGGUCUUUAAUGUUGAUUUUGCUAACUGUAAUAAUGACUAAAUGUAGCUCACCAAUUAGAGCCCUUUCUCUCUGCUUCUAUAAUUAGACAUACAUCAUGAUGGGCUGCUCGCUCUUAAAGGGGAGGUGCAGCGCUGCUCUACUGCUAGUACUGUAUCGCCCCCCCCCCCCAUCCCUUCAUCUUCUUUGUCUUUCCUUUUUGUCUUUUCUCUCACAUGCCAUUACAUCACUCCUUUAUACUGUAUCACUCCCCUUUUCCUCUCUCCUUUCUAGUCAUAAAUUACGAUAUGGUGUUAAAUCUGGGUGAGAAAUACCUCAUAAAAUGCCAGAAACAAGUAGGCUGUAUUUCAGCCCUGUCCCUUCCACUGUGUCAUUAUGUGAUAUGAUGUGGUCCAUGACUCUUCUGUGCUCUGCCCACGCUGUCUUCUCUCUCAGGAGCUGCCAAGGCUUCAUGCACAUGAAGUUCAGCCAGUGUAAGGAUGGGAAGUACGUCCUUGGGCAGAACAGCCUGCCAUUCGACACCAUCCCAGAGGUCAUCCAUUUCUACACCACACACAAGCUACCAAUCAGAGGAGCCGAACACUUGUCUCUGCUCUUCCCCGUGCUCGUACAGACCCUC